AUGGUGAACCGUGUGACAAUAAAACCACCACCUUUUUGGAAGGGUGACCCACCUAUAUGGUUUGCUCAGAUUGAAGCACAGUUCGCUUUAAGCGGUAUCACAAACGACACCACGAAAUAUUUCCACCUUGUCACAAGUGGCAGAUAUCAUUCAAAUAGUAAAGAAAAGAAACUGAGAAAGUUAUUGAGCGACGUCGAAUUAGGUGAUGGGAAACCAUCGGUACUGCUUAACGAAAUGCAACGUCUUGGAGGCAGUGCUUUGAGCGCUGAUCUAUUGAAAUCAUUGUGGCUUCAACACCUCCCUAUUACCACACAGGCGUGCCUCGCGGUUACGAAAGGAUCAGUAGAUGAACUCGCAAGACUGGCAGACCAGGUGGCUGAGAUAGGACAGCCCCGAAGCGUAGCCGCAGUUGCAUCAGACCGCACAACAGAACUUUUGCAAACGUUAUUAAAAGAAGUCGCCGAAUUAAAAUUAGAACGACAGUCACGCGGUGACAGGGCCUGUCAACCAAGAUCAAAAUCACGUUCUAAAUCGCGCUCAAGAUACCGACAAUGGGAACAACCUAAAGAUGAUUUAUGCUUUUAUCACACAAACUUUAAGAUGAAAGCAAAACAGUGUGUAGAGCCUUGCAAACACUACACCACUUUUAACCUGGAAAACUAG